GCCCGGGCAGCACUCAGGCCGCGCGCGCUCCCCUCCCCGUGGCAGGCCGAGGGCCGCCCCCCGCCGAGAACUGGGCAGAAGCGCUCCGCGGAGCCGGGCCGGGGUGGGGACGGCGCCUUUUGUCCCCGGAGACUCCUGGAAGUUUGCGGCGGGACGCACGCGGGAGGGCGGCCGAAGCAGCCCCGACGUCGCGGGAGCGAGUGCGCCGAGCCAGCAUGGGCAGCGGGCGCGGCGCGGGGGGUCGGCGCGGGGCCGCCGGGGGCGUGCUGCUGGCGCUGGCCGCCGGGCUGCUGGCUGCGGGUUCGGCCAGCGAGUACGACUACGUGAGCUUCCAGUCGGACAUCGGCUCCUACCAGAGCGGGCGCUUCUACACCAAGCCGCCGCAGUGCGUGGACAUCCCGGCUGACUUGCGGCUGUGCCACAACGUGGGCUACAAGAAGAUGGUGCUGCCCAACCUGCUGGAGCACGAGACCAUGGCCGAGGUGAAGCAGCAGGCCAGCAGCUGGGUGCCCCUACUCAACAAGAACUGCCACAUCGGCACCCAGGUCUUCCUCUGCUCGCUCUUCGCACCCGUCUGCCUGGACCGGCCCAUCUACCCGUGCCGCUGGCUCUGCGAGGCCGUGCGCGACUCGUGCGAGCCGGUCAUGCAGUUCUUCGGCUUCUACUGGCCCGAGAUGCUCAAGUGUGACAAGUUCCCCGAAGGGGACGUCUGCAUCGCCAUGACCCCGCCCAAUGCCACCGAAGCCUCCAAACCCCAAGGCACAACUGUGUGUCCCCCAUGUGACAACGAGCUGAAAUCUGAAGCCAUAAUCGAACAUCUCUGUGCGAGCGAGUUUGCACUGAGGAUGAAAAUAAAAGAAGUGAAAAAAGAAAAUGGUGACAAAAAGAUCGUGCCCAAGAAGAAGAAGCCCCUGAAGUUGGGGCCCAUCAAGAAGAAGGAACUGAAGAAACUUGUCCUGUACCUGAAGAAUGGGGCCGACUGCCCCUGCCACCAGCUGGACAACCUCAGCCACCACUUCCUCAUCAUGGGCCGGAAGGUGAAGAACCAGUACUUGCUGACGGCCAUCCACAAGUGGGACAAGAAAAACAAAGAGUUCAAAAACUUCAUGAAGAAAAUGAAAAACCACGAGUGUCCCACUUUCCAGUCGGUCUUUAAGUGAAUGUCACGGGAGCGAAAGUUAAGCCACAAGUAUCUCCCCAUCCGAGGAGUUUCAAAGGCAUCCUGUCUCUGCAGUUGCUCCUGAAUGCCCUAAGAUAUUUCUCAAAGCCCUUGUGUUUCAUACGUGAUGUACAUAAACCCGUUUGCUUAAGCAACUUCAUUCCUCUUCUUCAGCAUGUAGGAAGUAAGUCCAACAAUCAGUGUUCGUUUCUUCCCCAAGCCUGAUUCUUAAUUCUCUGACACCUCGAGGACGUUAGUGCUUGUCUCUCUGGGCGAUGGUUGUACCCGACGCGGGUGCGGCUGAGAUCUGACCUGUUACCUGUGCGGCCCAAGCCUGACACAGACACACUGGGAGAUGCUGUUUAAUUCCGAAGACUCCAGUCUGAAAACCAGCCUGCCAACUUCAUUACCUACCUGAGGGUUAUCCUGAUGUAAUUAAUCUCUCACGAUUAGGAAUCCCAUCAUUUAAACACCAAUUUUGGUUUUCUUUGACCUUUAAUCAUAAAGUAUUGGGGAUCUUAAGUGAUUUGCCUGUGA